GCGCAGGGCAGCUGGGAGACGGAGACAGACAGAGACCAACCACAACUGUCGGCAGAGGGAAGCCGGAGAGGAGAGAAAAGGCGACAAGCGGCAGAGCACUCCUUGACCGACGCCAGCAUGGGCUCCUUCUUCACCAUCACGAGCCUCCUCCUCUUUCUGGCGUUUCAGCUCCCAGGGCUAAGCAGAGCCAGCCCUGUAUACAGCUCCGUGUCCAAUGCCGACCUGAUGGAUUUCAAGAAUUUGCUGGACCAUUUGGAGGACAAGGUGCCUAUAGAGGAUGAGCUCAUGCCCCCACAAGUGCUCAGUGAGCAGAAUGAGGAAGCUGCGGCAGCUCUCGGCCCCCUCCCAGAGGUGCCUCCCUGGACUGGGGAGGUCAACCCAGUCCAGAGAGAUGGGGGUGCCCUUGGGCGGGGCCCCUGGGACUCCUCCGAGAGAUCUGCCCUCCUGAAAAACAAGCUGAGGGCACUGCUCGCCGCCCCUCGGAGCCUGCGGAGGUCCAGCUGCUUUGGGGGCAGGAUGGACAGGAUUGGAGCCCAGAGUGGACUGGGCUGCAACAGCUUCCGGUACCGAAGAUAACGGCCAGGCCCGGGCGGACUUCAGAGGCCUGCGUCCCCUGGGGUCUUCUGCUCCACCUUGUACCAUCUCAUUGCCGUCAAGUGGAAUUGUGACGAGCACCCUGUCUGAGCUGCAGCUGCCUGUCCACAUUUCUCACCUUUGAUGCUAACUGUAGAUGACGUGGCUUAGCUGUGGCUUCCCCGCCUCUCCCACCCCGUGCAUUAACAUUGUAGGGUAAACCCUCACCUGUGAUUGAAAGAGGUUUGAAAACGAAUAAACUUCAGCACCACGGACAGAA